AUGUCCUCCUCUCAAAAUGUUUCAACAAAUAACAGUAACAAAAGUUUCGGAAGUGGUUUUCUGAAGUCUUUGGCAAGCACAUUCAAGACCAGUAACAGUGAUAGAAACAAGAUUGAUGCAUCAUUGAUUACUCCUGAUCAACAAAAGCAAGAAUUAUUCAAUGAAGUGCGAACAGGUUCGUUAUCUUCAAGAGCAAAAGCUGUGGAACAAAUCUCAAAUUGUCUUUAUGAAUUUGAAACCAGCUCAAUACCUGAUAUUUGGUAUUGUGCAAGAGACUUGAUAUCAUCAAAUAUUCAACACUCUGUACGGAAAUCAGGUCUUAUAUUGUUGAAUGCAUGUGUGGAUCUCGAUACUGAAGAUUCGGCCUCUAGAUUUGCAUAUUUUAAUGAUGCUAUAUUGAAUUGUCAUUUCACAAAAGACAAAAUUGAUCCAGAAUUUGAAUCCUUUUUUCCAAUAAUUAAAAAAUUAACGGAUGAUGGUAAAUUCAUUCAUCACCAUCAAGAAUCUUUUAAGAAACCAUUAGUUCAAUUCUUCAUCAAUGCAUUAUCAGCCUCUGAAUUGGCUAAAAACAAAAGUGUUUUGCCACUUUUGAAUUACAUGAAUGAUUGUAUAAAGUCUGGCCUAUUAGAUGUUGCUGAUUUCCAACAAGCUGAUACAAAAGAUGCCGAAUUACUCUUACACCAAAUAAUGAAAUUAUGCCUCAAGACGUCAGAUAAAGAAAUUUUAGAACUCUGCUUAUACUCAAUUGAUACACUGGUAUCACACGGAUCAAUACCAGAAGCUUUAUAUUAUGAAACCUUGGAAAUAUUGGCAGGCUCUGCUACUUUAAGCUUGAAUUUUUAUGACAUUUGUUGUGAGGUAACAACUAAUUUUAUCAAUGAAGUGGAAUUUCAAAAGGUUUUCCAAACAUUAAUAAACAUAAUCCAAUCCAAAAACUCAAAAUCAGAUAAAAACAUUACAGCAUCUGUUGGUGCCAUCAAAUUGGUCGGUUUCACCACUUUGAGCUAUGCAUAUCAAAUCAAUAUGAAAGAUUUACUUGAUGCUCUCAAAACCGUGAUUAGCUGGAACAGAAAUAACAUUAACGUUGCAGUCUUACAAUUUAUUAAUGAUAGGUUAUUGAGUGAUACUGCAUUAAGCCAGAUAAGUUUUCAAUAUUGGGAUUCUGAUGAUGUUUCCAUAUUGGGAUUACUUCAAGAUCUUUCCAAAAAUAUCAACAAAAAUGAUGAAAUUGAAUUAUACAAACUGACCCUAGUCCAUUUAGGUUCUUUGGCUGAAUCAUCAAGAUACUUUGGGAACACUGAGAAAUUAGUUAGGUUUUUUAUUGACAACAACAAAUACCUCUCUACAAAGAUUAGCGUCUAUGUGUUGAAAUAUUUCAGCCUGGAAAACCUAUGUUCACCAUUGCAUGAAGAGUGGAUCAAAAACUGUACCAUCAUUUUGAACACUUUUUACUAUGAUCAUUCAAAGGACUUGACAGUUAGACUAACCACUCUCAAAUUGGUUAAGGACAUUUUUGAUUCUUCUUUGCAGGUUUUCAAAAAGGAUGAAGCAGUUUUGAUGAAGCUAGGCGAUUUCCUAUUCAAAAGCUUAGAAUCAGAGGAGAAUAGUGAAAUAAUAAAGACUUUGGUGGACUACUUGAUUGAAAUAUCUACGUCUUUGUCACCAGAUAUUUAUCAAAACCUUUUGGAUGUGUUUAUUUUGCCUGGUUUUAAUAAUUCAAGAGAGAGAAAAAGCAGUUUGGCUUCAUUUACAAGUUCCGAUAAGUCUGACCAAAAAAAACUGUUCAACAAGGAAACUGGUAAAUUAGUUGCUAAAUCCAUGGCUACAAUAUUUGCAAAAAGUUUGAAAUCUGAUGGAACAAAGGCAUCAAUGACAUAUGAAGCAUUGAUCAAAAUUGCAAAUUUUUCCCUAGCUAAAAAGGAUGUUGAUUUGCUUUUGAUCGUUUCGCGAUUUUUCGUUAGAAUUAGAGCAUCUACAGAUAAACAAAUAUAUUUGUCAAAUCCAACUGAUAUGGAUGGUUUAUCUGCUGCUUUUUCCAGAAAUUUGAAUAUUCGUAAGAAGAAGGAACCUGAAAUGAGUGCUUUGAGUCUGGAUGAAUCAGAGAAAUGGACAUACCCUGAAGAAAUCACAUAUAUUCCACAGGAGUUCUUAGAUAUCCCGUCAGAUGAUUUAACAAUAUUUGAUAGUGGAUCUUUCAAAUUAUCUUUAAAACCAACUAUUGAUAUUGAAAAAUGGUUAAGCGUUGUCAUACAAAUCUUGGAAGCUUGCCCACAUUGGGAAAUUUAUUCAUUCAUUUGGGCUCAUUUUUGUCCUCAGCUAUCAAAUAUUAAGUUAUUUGAGACUUGUGGUGAAGGUAUAAGAAAAUUAAGGUCUUUGGCUUGUGAUCAAUUAAGUCUCAAAUUGCCAUCAAAUUUGAAGUUACCAGAAAAUGUCUCAAAACAUGACUUACAAGUCGCUAUUGUUAGAAACUUCACACCAUUGAUUUCUUACCACGAUUUAUUUUCCAAGCAAGAUGAAGAUCAGAUUAUCGGUGCAUUGGUUCUGGGUUUAUCAGGAUGGGAAAAAACUGCAAUUCCCUGCGUUCAUAUUUUGACUGUUUGCUGUUAUGAAAUUCCAUUAUCAAUCAAGAAAUAUCUAUCUGUUAUUUUGACAAAGCUUCAAACUAGAAUCUCAAGUGCUUUCGCGAGCGCUCAUAUUUUGGAAUUCUUAUUGUCAUUGUCUUACAUUCCAUCUUUGACCUCAAAUUUCACUGUUGAUGAAUUCAAAAGAGCUUUUGGUAUCACAUUCAAGCUUAUUCAAUAUGCACAUGAAAUUUCUGAGACCAAAAAUGAACAACAUCAAGGUAUUUUAAAUCAUGGUCAAGAGCUAGCUGCUGAAAACUCACCAUCAACUGAAAAUUUGGAAGUCACACCAACUAUUUCCAUAUAUUUGCUCACUCUAUCAUAUGAUGUUAUUGCUAAUUGGUAUUUGAAUAUGAAAAUGACCGAUAGAAGACAAUUGUCCUCCUUCAUCAUUAAAAACUUGAUUAUAUCUCAAAGUAACCGUGGUACAGAUAUUAGUCAUCAGAAUAUGGCAUUCUUAGAUCUGAUUUCAAGGUUUACUUAUUCUGAUUUGGAGUUGAAGUUCAGUCCUAUAAAUCCUCAAACAUUCUCAUCUGAUGAUCCAGUGCAUUCCUCUAAAUGGGUUUAUGGUUCAAGUAUCGUGGGAAUAGACACACACGCACAAACAGGUGAAUCAAUCAUUUCAAUAAGAAGAGCUUCAGGUUCCACUGUCUUUAGAGUCACACCAGAUGAGUCAAUGAUUCCACACUUCACAAAUCAACUGCAUGCUAAAGAAGAUCCAGAUGAUUUUACCUCUAACUAUAUGUUGUUGCAAUUAAUUGUUCACACUGAUCCAGAAAAUACAUCAAAGCCAAUUCCAAUACCUGAAGACCCAGCAAUUACAAGAUCCAUAGCAAACUUUGAUAGAAUCCCGGUCGUUGAGUUCCACAAGAUUGGUUUAUUGUACAUUGGUGCUAAUCAGAAAACAGAAACUGAGAUUCUUUCAAAUAGUUCAGGUUCUUUGGAAUACCAAAAGUUUUUGUCUCAAUUUGGUAGGUUGAUCAAAUUGAAGGGCUGCAAAAGUUUCUAUGUUGGUGGUCUUGAUACAGAAAAUGAUGUUGAUGGUGAGUAUGCCUAUGGUUGGAAUGAUAAGAUUUUACAGUUGAUAUAUCACACAACUACUUUAAUGCCAAAUCAAAAAGACGAUCCAAAUUUCUCAGCAAAGAAGAGACAUAUUGGUAAUAACUAUGUGAAUAUCUUUUUUGAUGAGUCAGGUUUAGCAUUUGACUUUAAUGUUAUCAAGAGUCAGUUUAAUUUCUUGAAUAUUGUCAUACAACCACAUAGUGUUUCUUUUGGCAAUGAUCAUAAAGCUACAGAGAAUAGAAUUCAAAAAUAUAAAGUCAAGAUCCAUAGAAGAUCUGGAGUCCCUGGUUUGUUUGCUACCUGUCAUUUCAAGAUUGUUUCUGAAGAAAAUUUGGCUACUUUUGUUAGAACUUUAGCAUUAAUAGCUGAUCAAUUUGCACAAAUUUGGCAUUCAAAUGGUAAUUACGCUUCAAGUUGGAGUCAUAGAAUGAGACAAAUUGGAAUGAUUAAAGAUAAAGCUAUGAAAUACCAUAAUGAAAUGAAGAUAAAACAAAACAAUGAUGAUUCAAAGAGUAAUGAACCAAGUGCUAAAACUGGACAAUCAUUUUUAGAACAAUUAUCACCAAGUAAUAACAAUAGCCAAGUUUCAAGAAGUAAUAGUAUCUCAAGACCAAAAGUUACAAACACAAAUCAAUAUGAAUACGUUGAUAGUGAAGAAAACCAAAUAUUCAAAAACUUGGAGUUUACCUCAUUCACAAAAUGA